AGAAACCAUGGAUUGUACACUUCCUGGGACAUGUUUCAGAAUAUGUUUCUUUAAUUUAGGAUUCACUUCCUAACUCCUGUUCCUCGUCCUUCCCGCGAUUUUCUUUUAAAAUUGGUUCUUCCUUUGUUUAUAAUGUUGUUCUGAAUCUGAUUUGUUCUUCAUUGGUGUCUGAUUGUUACUACAGGAAAGUCUCUCUCCCUCUCUCUCUCUCUUUAGGGUUCUUGUUUAGUGGGAUGGGGUUGUCUGUGUGUAGGUAACUAUGAAUUUGUAAUGGUGGAUUCUCUCUCAUAUGUUGCAUCAUGGGGUGGACAUUGCACCUGGUGAUAUAUGAAUACUCGUAAAUGUGAUUACUUUUAGAAUUUAAUGGAAUGCACGAAGGUUUUUGAUGAAUGAGCUGAAACGCCUGUUUGAAUCACGGAUAUUUAAGAUCAUUGUGGAAGUCUAAGGUGAUGGCUGGCUCAGAACCUGUAAGUGCAGAAGGAGAGAAUAUGGCAGUGGAUGCUGUGCCAAGGAAGCCCCGGAUUCUACUUGCUGCUAGUGCGAGUGUUGCUGCUAUCAAAUUUGCAAAUCUUUGUCAUUGUUUCUCUGAAUGGGCGGAUGUAAAAGCAGUUGCCACAAGUGCAUCUUUGCAUUUCAUUGAUAGAGCUUCGAUGCCUAAGGAUGUAAUUUUAUACACGGAUGAGGACGAAUGGUCUAGUUGGACGAAACUAGGCGAUAGCGUGCUUCACAUUGAGCUUCGCAAAUGGGCUGAUAUCAUGGUCAUUGCUCCAUUAUCGGCCAACACCCUUGCAAAGAUUGCUGGAGGGUUGUGUGACAAUCUACUGACAUGCAUCGUGCGAGCCUGGGACUUCAACAAGCCAUUCUUUGUUGCUCCAGCCAUGAACACUCUUAUGUGGAACAAUCCUUUCACUGAGCGGCAUCUCAUUGGCAUUGAUGAGCUUGGCAUUUCUCUCAUUCCACCUGUUACGAAGAGGUUAGCAUGUGGGGAUUAUGGCAAUGGUGCCAUGGCUGAACCUUCUACCAUUUACUCAACUGUAAGGCUCUUCUAUGAGUCAAAGGCUCAGCAAGGUAAUGGUGAUAUCUGACAAUGUUGACAUUUGAAAACAAUUAUGAAUGGCGUGCUGAGAUUUGUCUUGACCCCUUGUUCUAUUACAUUUGUAAUUCUAAUUAGAGAACAACACCUAAAGCACCUUAAAAAAAACUGCAUCUAAGAUUUAUCCUAUUAUUUAUUUUAGGGGGCAUAUGCUGCAGACUCCGUUCUGUCUCGUAGAGUGAUGCUUGUAUACCUCCUUAAUCACAGGACUAGUUGUGUAGGAUCUUAUACAUUGCAUCAUUUCAUGUGGAAUUUAGAAACACAAGAAUGUUUUGCGAUCUGAACACGAGAUUGUUUUCGGAUCUGUAGAAUGGCCACCAAAUACUUGAAAAGCAUGAUUUGAAUGCAGAUAGAGCAUUCUUCAAGCAGAAAUGAACUUUUUAUGCAGAAAAAUCAUGAACAUUUAUGUGGAUAAUGGCCUUUUAA